AUGUUCCAAACAGCAGUACUUCAAAACAGGGCAUUGGUUGACAAAGUACUCAAGAGCUUCCAGGGAGCAGGUGGCUAUGAUGCUCAUGUUUUGCCAGGGCUGAAGAUUACUGGUAGUGAGCCAGGUCGCAUUACAGCUGAGUUCCUCGUAGAAAAGCAACAUUUGAAUCGGCUCAAAUCAGUACACGGAGGACUUUUGGCUACAGUGGUUGAUCUUGGAGGAUCAUUGGCUAUUGCUUCCAAGGGACUAUUUGCUACAGGCGUAAGUACAGAUAUUAACAUCAGCUACAUAUCAGGUGCAAAGGAAGGCGAUGUUGUAAAGAUGGAUGCCAAAUGUGACAAACUGGGAAAAACUCUGGCAUUCACCUCGAUUGAAUUGUCGUCAAAUGGAAAGCUUGUUGCCCUUGGAAGACACAACAAGUUUGUGGCUCAAGCAUAUGGCGAUCCUGAAAAUGAGAUCCCUCUGAAAAAAUAAUAAUAAUAUCAUUUCCCCACCAAAAAAGGCUAAAUAAAUAUUUGAGAUGAAACGAGGAAAACAAUACCUCGGUUUCCGCUUGAAAUCUUUGGUUUAAAUCU